AUGUCCCGUAUGCCAUGGCAGUCGCAUGAACAAGAACGGUCCAGGAUCCCUCCGUUGGCCAGGAUGUUGAUGUCGGGUGAGAUGAGCGGAGAGCCGCCUAGGAGUCUGAAUAUGAAAGAGAAAUUUGAUAGAUGGAUGGUUAACGAUGGAUGGAGAAGAUUAUUCGUUACGAUAUUCGCUUUGGUGCAUGUUCUUCUGUUUGUAGUAGGUAUGCUCAACUAUAGCCUGAAGGACAAUCUUAGUAAAGCUAGAGGGUUACUUGGAUCUAGCUAUCCUAUUGCUAGAGCAGCCGCUUUAGUGCUCCAUUUUGACGUUGCGAUCAUCCUGAUUCCUGUCUCUCGCACGCUUAUCUCCCUUCUAAGACAAACUCCCUUGAACGGCGUUAUACCCUUUGAUAAGAGCAUAGCAUUCCACCAGAUUACCGCAUGGUCUAUCGUGUUUUUCUCUCUCUUACACACCGUUGCCCACUGGGUCAAUUUUGCUCGCAUCGCAAGCUCCGAGGGCUUGGGAAUCACGGGCUUCCUCCAACUAAAUUUCACCACAGGUCCCGGAUGGUCGGGGUAUGUUAUGUUGAUAGCCCUGGUGGCUAUUGCAGUAACAUCUUUGGAAGGUCCACGAAGAGCCAACCACGAACGAUUCUGGAAUACCCACCAUCUCUUCAUUAUCUUUUUCCUGUUUUGGUCCUUCCAUGGAGCGUUUUGCAUGAUCAAACCGGAUUUACCUCCCUUUUGUGACGGAGUAGGCGUAUUUUAUCUCUACUGGCUAUUUGGAGGCUCUGUGUACCUGAUAGAACGACUCAUGCGGGAGGUCAGAGGUAAACACAGGACAAUCAUUACCAAAGUGAUCCAGCAUCCAAGCAAUGUCUUUGAGAUUCAGCUUCGAAAGGAGAAGACCAAGAUGAAACCAGGACAGUAUAUCUUCAUCAACUGUCCGGUAGUGUCAGUAUGGCAAUACCACCCCUUCACCCUUACUAGUGCCCCGGAGGAGGAUCAUAUAUCCGUGCACAUACGCUGCGUUGGCAAUUUCACAAAAGACUUAGCAAAAGCGGUCGGCUGUGACUUUGACGGGAGAGAACUCCCUCCUUCAUACGACCGACGUAACAAGCGUGAAUCUACAGUCAUUGGUGUCGAUGCCAAUACAACCGAGCAAGAUGUCGACCCAAGACUUCGUCGUAUACUACCACGUAUUUUCGUUGAUGGGCCCUUUGGCAGCGCAUCUGAAGACGUGUUUAAAUUCGAAGUAGCCGUGUUGGUCGGUGCUGGGAUCGGUGUCACCCCGUUUGCUUCCAUCUUGAAGAGCAUCUGGUAUCGAAUGAGCCAGCCACAAAACAAAACGCGGUUGAAGAAGGUGUAUUUCUUCUGGGUGUGUCGAGACUUCGGCUCCUUUGAGUGGUUCAGCUCACUGUUGCUUGCCAUAGAGGCUCAAGAUAGGUAUAGUAACAUCGAGAUUCACACAUACCUCACGGCCAAAAUCCAAUCCGAUGAUGCAACGAAUAUCAUGAUCAAUGACGCCGAUGCAGACCGAGACGCCAUCACCGGUCUUCGUGCCCCCACCAACUUUGGCCGGCCAAACUGGGAUAUGGUUUUCCGAUCAAUCCGCAAGAUUCAUGCACCAGCCGAAGCGGGAGUCUUUUUCUGUGGGCCAAAGGCUUUGGGGAGUGUGUUGCAUGUGAAAUGCAACAUGUACUCCGAGCCCGGUUUUAAUUUUGUAUGGGGAGAGGAGAACUUCUAA